UUCGUCCAAGUCAUUACAUAGAAUUGUUUUUUCUCAAAUACGUGAGGUAGUCAAAAGUGCACGUAAAAUUUGUAUCAUAGCGUGGUACACAUUCUUGAUAUUUCACUUUUCUCUGAAUUUUUAUUGUACAUCAAAGAUGUUAGGACUUCUUGAACUAUUAUACGGAUUCAUCGCCUUCUUCCUUGCGCUUUAUUAUUAUUACAAGAUAAAAUUUAAUUUCUGGAAGAAGCGUGGUGUACCCGGGCCCGAACCCAUACUAUUCUUCGGCACUAUGAAGGAUGUCAUAUUACAGAGAAUGAGUAGAAAAGAUUAUCACAAAAAGAUAUACAAUACGUAUAAAAGUGAGCCGUUGAUAGGAUUUUUCGACCAAACGGUGCCGAUUUUAAUGGUCAACAAUCCUGAAUUGAUCAAGGAUGUCUUAAUUACAGACAGUGCAAUAUUUUCAAGGCGAGGCUUUAAUUAUUCUAAAAAGGCGGAACCGUUAGACCAUCAAAUUUUCUACAUGAAUACAGACGAAGUGCAACCCAUAAGAGCAAAAGUGUCGCCCAUAUUUACACCAAGCAAACUUAAGAGUAUGGUUCCUUUGUUACUGCAACGCUCGGAGAUUUUUAAGGAUUGGUUGGACACACUGUUAUUGCAAAAUGAGCAAAUAAAUUAUAGCCAAGUGACGGCAAAAUAUACCGCUGACUUGAGUGCUACCUGCCUGUUUGGUUAUGAUAUGCAGACUUUAAGAAAUGGCGAAAGUAAAGUUUUACAAUAUAUUAAAAAGAGGAUGAACGCUAAUAAAUUGAAAACAAUGUUGACAGAUUUGCUACCAAAUAUAGUAAUAUACAACAAAUUAUACGAUUUAUUCGGUUAUUAUAUGUUUAACAAUGCGGAAGAUUUGCAAUUUUUUACCGAAUUAGUCAAAGAUAUUGACGGUUACAGAAAAAAAUAUGGUAUUGUUAGGCACGAUAUUACCGAUGCCGUUAUGGGACUCCAAGAAAACGGAAAGUUGAUUAAACCAGAAAGUACAAAUAACUUUAUUGCUGCAAAUAUGUUCACAUUUUUCUUUGGCGCAUAUGAAACAUCUUCCGUAACGAUGACUCACACAAUGUAUGAAUUGGCUGUAAAUCAGUCGAUCCAGGACAGACUCCGCAAAGAAAUCAAACGUGUACGCGCAGCCAAUAACAGAAAUAAAGCAGAAGAAAUAACAUAUGAUGAUAUAAACACAAUGUCUUACUUGGACGCAGUAUUUAAAGAAACGUUGCGAAAGUAUCCGCUAAUAGAACUAUUAAAGAGACAGGCUUCAUCGGCCUACACUUUUAGAAAUUCUGAAGUCACUAUUCCGAAAAAUCAAUUAAUUGGUAUACCUGUCCAUGGCAUUCAUCAUAACCCAGAAAUAUAUCCAAAUCCAGAAGUUUACGAUCCUGAAAGAUUCAUGGAUGAAGCGGCCAAAUCAAGACCUUUAAUGUAUUUUCUACCCUUCGGACAUGGUCCAAGAAAUUGUAUUGGUGAACGGUUUGGCAUACUGCAAACAAAAAUAUCGCUCAUUACUAUUGUGGAAAAUUACAAAAUUGAUACUUGUGAGAACACACGAAUAGUACACAGCAAAGACAUAAUAGUUCAACAAACAGCAUGCAUGUAUCUUAAAUUGACCAAGAUCAAUUGAUGCUUAUGCGUAAUCUUUAUAUCUUGCACUAAUGUGUCAACUAUUAUAUUUUCAAAAAGUAAUGUACUUUAAACAGAUAUGACAAAUAUAAUGAGAAAUUAAAUAUUAAAAAUUUCUUAUUAUAUAUUUUUUUAAUACUUUUUAAAGUACAUUAUUUUUAAAAAUAUAUUAUAUAUAUUUAUUCCUGAAUUCUCACGUCGACAAGUUAUGCUUUUAAUACAUUAUAUUUAUUAAUAAUGGUUAUUAUGCAAUGUCUCGUCCGGAUGGAUAAUCGUAGUAGCGUUCCGCUGCGCUAUCUUCAACAGGUUUUUAACUAAAUUUAAGGCUCCUGGUCCCGCAGCCGUGAACUCCGCGUUGACAGUAGCGACAUAAUUGUGGUAGGAAUAAAAACCUAGUCGAAUUUACCCAGUCGAUUUAUCGUAUAAAUAAAUAGUGUAACAGUUUGACCUAAUCAAUUGAUUCGAUAAAAGUAAAUUACUGAAUAACAUA